AAGGAAAAGUUUACACAGCAGAUUUCAGCGACGUGACGGGCCGAUUUACGCCUUCUUCCGAGGAACUUAGAGAGUUCGCUGGUUCCGUCAAGAAUUUCUUCGUCUCCUGUAGCUUUCGAUGGCUGGCCGUGCUUCUAUACGAACUUCUGGUCGUGGCCCAGCGAUCGCUUUGGGAGCUGCUACACCUUCAACAACCGGCGUCAAGUCAAGGGCGGUUUUCGAGAGCCCAGGAAGACGUAUUCUGUCGGUCCUGGGAGCGGACUGCGGCUCACCCUCAACAUCAACGCCUCCAACUACCUGGCGAUGUUGUCCCCCGAGAUCGGCCUUCGAGUAGUCGUCCACGAUCCAAGGGUCAUCCCCUUCCCCGAGGACGAGGGCUUCAACAUCCCCGCCGGCGUCAGCACCUCCGUCAGCAUAAAGCAGAAAAAGUACAACUAUCUGGAAGGCACUUGCUACAACGAAGACUCAGCCAACAACAUCAGAACCAUAGCCACAUGCAGGAAGUGGUGUCUCGAAAAAAUGUUUUGGCAACAGUGCAAUUGUACCCGAGGCCAAAGUCCCUCCUACAGGUUCAUGAAGGAGUGGAAGACGAGGCCGGCGAGGCGCUGUUCCUACUUUAACAUAGACGAUAAGCUGUGUAUAGAUUUCGUCAACUUCGAGUUCUUGAGUCGAGUCGAUUCCUGCGACUGCGUGUCCCCCUGCAAGGAAACAGUAUACGAUGUACAGACCACUUACACAAACCCAAACCUCAAGUUCUUCACCGUAGCGCAGAACUUGAAGAACUUGUACACGGGCUCCGACCUUUGCUCAGACGGGGAUAACAAUACAGCUCGUCUGCACAUUUACCUGAACAGCUUAGACCACGAGGUUGUUGAAGAACUGGCAUCAUACACGUGGGAGACUCUGCUCUGCAACGUCGGCGGGAACUUCGGUCUGUUCAUCGGCCUCUCCGUCGUGUCCGUCGCUGAAGUGCUCGAGGUCCUCUUCGAUCUCCUUGUGACUUAUAUAAGACGUCGUGGGACCUGAGGGGCAUUCGGCGAGGGUGGG